CUGGCCGUUGUCAGAGGACGAAGAGGACGACGACGACGACGAAGGGUCCAGCGCACCGCACUCGCGCAGAGCACAGAGAAGCAGGGCCGGCCGAAGCUGCUGCAAUUGGAGAGCUGCGCCUCCACGGGCCAUCUCAUUGGGGCUGCGGCGUCGCGAGCCUGGUGCUGAAGCGGGAUAGUCUCGCGGUCAGCCUUGUGCGGCGGGUUAGCCAUCAGCCGCAGCUUGCUUUCCAAUUUAACAACCGACACCCCACCACGCCGGCCACCGCUCCUCCUCUGUUCUGAUGAACUCCAUGAAUGCUCGUUUCAAGAACCUAGUGGGUUCGAAACGGAAAAGCUCGUCUACCAACCCGUCGCCGUCGCCGCAAGGAAGCACCACGCCCACCCAGCGCCCCAACUCGCUCUCCCCGCAGGCGUCGAAUUCGAGUAGCUCCAGCCUGCCCACCACCGCCAUGAACCCCAACAACCCCCUCGGCCGCCCGCCGUCGUACACGUACGCUCCGCCCGGCGGACUCGCGCCCGCCCAGCAGCAUGGCCGGCCAAACAGCCCGCUGCCGCCCAUCAACACCGGCGCCCCCGGAUACCCCCAGCAGCAGCAGCAGCAGCCCCCCAUGGGCUACCCUCCGCAGGGCGGGCCCCCGGGCUAUCCUCCGCAGCAGUACGGCGGCGCGCCUCCGCCAGGCCAGUAUGGCGCCCCGCCGCCCGCCCAGCACGCGCCCGUCUCCUACAACCGCCCGAACAUGGCAGAGGUCGCGGGCGAGGGCCGCUCCAAGGCCCAGCUGAUCGUCGGAAUCGACUUCGGCACCACCUUCUCGGGCGUCGCCUUCGCCUUCGCGACCAACACCGAGGCGAAGGAGGACAUCAUCACCGAAUGGCCCGGCGCGGGCAACCAGACAAAGCAGAAGAUUCCCACUGUGCUUUACUAUGACCAGUACCAGAAGGUUGUAGGGUGGGGCCCAGACAUCGCCGACGCGCUGGCCCCCACAGGCUACCCCAAGCCGGGCGUCCAGAAGGUCGAGUGGUUCAAGCUGCAGCUGAUGCUGUCCGGCAACACGUACAUCGACCCCAUCAACCUGCCCCCGCUCCCGCCGGGGAAGUCGGAGAUCGAUGUCGCCGCCGACUACCUCUUCCACCUGCGCCAGGCGAUGCGCAACCAGCUGCAGAAGACGCUGGGUGAGGUCUUCAACAGAGAAGAGCGCAACAUCAGGUACUAUCUGACCGUGCCUGCCAUUUGGAACGAUGCCGGCAAGGCCGCAACUCGUGCCGCCGCUAUCCAGGCCGGCUUCCUGCGAGACGAAAACGACAACAGGUUAACCCUGAUCACGGAGCCUGAGGCUGCCGCCAUGUUCUGUUCCAAGACGGGUCUGCUCAAUCUCAAGGUCCACGAUGCCGUGCUUAUCGUCGACUGCGGUGGUGGCACCGUCGAUCUGAUCGCCUACGAGGUCGAGGAGGAGCAGCCGUUCUCCGUCGCUGAGUGCACAGCAGGGUCUGGUGACUCCUGCGGUUCCACAGCGCUAAACCGCAACUUCAGCAAUAUCCUGCGUGCCAAGAUCAGAAAGAUGAAGCUGCCGGAUGGUUCCAAGACCGCCGGCAAGGUCUACGCCAAGUGUAUCAUGGACUUUGAGAACAGAAUAAAGGCAGAUUUCCGAAACAAUGGCCAGAAGUGGGCCGUCGACGUCGGUAUUGAGGCGGAAUUCCCUGAGGCCGGCAUCGAGGAAGGUUAUAUGACCUUCACUAAUGAGGAGAUUCUGCAGUGCUUCGAGCCUGUCGUGAACCGCAUUUUGGAGUUGGUGAGGAAUCAGAUCAUCGCCAUCCAGGCACAGAACAGGUCACUACAGAACGUGCUUGUAGUCGGUGGUUUCGGUGCCUCCGAAUAUCUCUUCCAGCAGAUCAAGCUUCACGUGCCACCGCAGUUCCAGUCCAAGGUCGUCCGACCAAUGGACUCUGUCGCAGCUAUCGUUAAGGGCGCUGUUACGGCCGGCAUCACUGAGCGGAUCGUCACACACCGUGUCGCGCGACGACACUACCUCAUGGCUACCCUGCAGCCCUUCAAGGAGGGUCACCAUCCCGAACAGUACCGCGUUCCAUCCCUCGAUGGCAAGGAUAGGUGCAAGUACACUCGCCAAAUCUUCGUGCAGAAGGGUCAGCGUGUCAAGAUUGGGGAGCCAGUCAAAGUGUCAUUUUUCCGGCAGGUGGCACCUGGUGCGACGCUCAUGUACGAAGACAUCUUGUACGCUUGUGACGAUGACGUUUGCCCAGAAUACACCAAGGAUCCUCGCAUCAAGGAAGUCGUCACCCUCACCUCCGACUUAUCACGCAAGAACCUCGAGAAGGACUUCGAGCGCAUGGACACGCCCCAAGGCACUUUCUACCGCGUCUACUUCGAUAUCUACCUCACGCUCGACGGCUCCGAAUUCAACGCUGAGCUGGUGUGCCAGGGCGAAGUCAUGGGUCGCUGCACGGCCAGGUUCAGAUAAUGUGAGGAAUGCUUGCAUGUGGGAUUGGGCGAAAAGUUUGGGCUUCUGUUCACAUUUAUUGGAAGAUAAUCUUAUUAGGCUAUCAUGACUUGAAGAUACUGAUGGAAUGAGGUGAAGGAAGCGAGAGCUGGGGGAGGUGGAGGCGAAACAACAAAUUUUUGGAUUGGAUGAUUUUCUUUCUCUUGUUCUGUUCUUUGACACUACUAGCAUACCCCCUCAAGCUCUCUCAUCGUUCUUGAAUGGCUAAAUACGAAAGAUAUAUUGAUUCAGUGGGGCGCGUUGGAGUUGUGAAUAGCUCCCUUCCUUUUUGCUUUCGUUGAUAGAUUAGGGUUGGUGAAAUACAAUACAAUCGGUAGCAG